UGCCCUCGCCGAGGGCAGAUCAAUCCACCCCUGAUAAUGAGAGCUGCAUUAAGGCCAGUGCUGAGGAGAAACAGCAUGGGUGCAAUCACAGAUGUGGAAAGCAGUUGUGGGACACAACGUGUCAGUGAAAGUGGAGGCUGAGGGAGAUGACUGGGACACAGACCCCGAUUUCGUGAACGACAUCUCCGAGCGGGAGCAGCGCUGGGGAGCCAAAACCAUCGAGGGCUCCGGCCGCGCCGGGCACAUCGACAUCCAUCAGCUGAGGAACAAGGUAUCUGAGGAACAUGAGGUCAUCAAGAAGAAGGAGCUGGAGACUGGCCCCAAGGCAUCCUAUGGUUAUGGGGGCAAAUUUGGAACAGAGCGAGACCGAAUGGAUAAGUGCGCAGUAGGACACGAGUAUGUUGCUGAUGUUGGGAAGCACUCCUCGCAGACAGAUGCAGCCCAGGGGUUUGGUGGCAAGUUUGGAGUCCAGCGGGACCGAGCCGACAAGUCAGCACUGGGCUUUGAAUACAAGGGCGAGGUGGAGAAACACUCGUCCCAGAAAGAUUACUCCAAGGGCUUUGGUGGCUGUUACGGAGUGGAAAGGGAUAAGGUGGACAAAGCAGCUGUGGGAUUUGACUACAAGAGCCAGGCAGAGAAGCAUGAAUCUCAGAAAGACUAUUCUGUGGGCUUUGGUGGGAAGUUUGGGGUCCAGAGGGAUCGUCAGGACAAGAAUGCACUUGGCUGGGACCAUCAGGAAGAAGUGCAGCCCCACGCAUCCCAGAGAGACUAUGCCAAGGGGUUUGGAGGCCGUUAUGGGGUCCAGAAGGAUAGAGUGGAUAAGAAUGCUGCUGGCUUUGAUGAGAUGGCAGCUCCCACCUCCUCCUAUGAGAAAACAAGACCCCUGGAGGCAGGAGCCUCCAGUGGCACCAGCAGCCUGCGGUCGCGGUUUGAGCACAUGGCCAGGUCGGCAGAGGAGGAGAGCAGGAGGCAGGCAGAGGAGGAGCGGGCCAGGCGGCAGGCCCGGGAGCACCGGCUGGCUCAGCAGCAGGAAAUCACUCCGAGAGAGAAGGAGCACACUGGGACUGGGGCAGCCCCUCCAGCUGUGCCAGCAGGGGUACCCAGGGGUGCUGCUGGGGACCAGCCCGUGUCACCAGGAGAACAGCAGAAGGCCAAAAGGGAGGAUGAAGAAGUACCACCCACUUUGCCACCAAGGCCAGCAGAUCUGGAUGCAGAGCUGUGCAAGGUCCCCAUCCAGGGUCAGCCCACCUACAAUGUAAGUUUGGAUGUUGGUGGAGACUAUGAGGAGCUGCCAGAGCCCUCUGACUACUGUGACAGCACCAGUGGAGGUGCUGACUAUGAGGAGGUGCCAGCCCCGUUGGGAAAGCUGGAUGCCACCUAUGACUUUGGAGGAGAUGGAGGUGAAGACUAUGAGGUGAUCCUUCCUCAGGAGCCCAGACAGAGCCAUCCCCACCUGGGGAACACGGACAGUGCUGCUGAGGGGCAGAGCCCCGGGAUCUGCGCAGUGGCUCUCUAUGAUUACCAAGGAGAUGGUGAUGAUGAGAUUUCUUUUGAUCCUGAUGACACAAUCACACACAUUGAGAUGGUGGAUGAAGGCUGGUGGCGGGGACAGUGCCAUGGCAGAGUCGGCCUCUUCCCAGCAAAUUAUGUGAAGCUUCUGCAGUGAAAUGAGCACAGUGCAAACUGUUUCCUCCCAACUUUUGCCUCUGUCGUGGUUUGACACUGGCCAAAUGCCAGACACCCACAAAAGUCACUCAUUCACCCUUCUCUGUCAAAGCUUGGCAGAGGAGAGAAAAAUUUAAUGAAGGCUCCAUGAGCUGAGAUGAGGACAGAGAGAAAACACUCCAAGGGCAAAAUAGGCUUGACUUAGAGGUACAAAGUGAAUUCGUUGCUAACAGAGUCAGAGGAGGAUAAUGAGAAAAUAAGCCCUUAAAACACCUUUUUUUUCCCCCAACUCCUCCCUCCUUCCCACCAACAGUGCAGGGAGACAGGGCAUGGGAGUUUUGGUCAUCUCAUCACUGAGAUUUUCUUCCACUGCUCUGGGAGAGGAGUCUCCCCUGU